AUGAACGUCACAAUCCCAGAGCGCAAAGUCCUGCCGUCAGGAGAGUCUAACUUCCUGGUGAACAAGCGGACGUUGGCGGCUGAUAAGAGGCCAAUGUCCAAGUCGACGGAGCUCCUACAGGGCGGCGGCAAGGCGGAUGGCGAAGAGCCGAAGAAUCCUUUCAUACUGAUGACUGCACUGCUGGAUCUCGGUGAGGACAUGUGCUCGUAUCCGGGCAUGCUUCAUGGCGGGCUAUACUCUGUUCUGCUAGACGAGGUGAUGGGGACUGCGGCAAACUUCCAGACUGCCAAUGCUGCAUACACUGCAGAGCUCACCACGAAGUACAAAAAGCCCGUUAGGACACCUCAAGUAGUGCUGAUCAGAGGGCGAGUCAUCAAAAAAGAAGGUCGCAAGCUGCAAGUCAGGGGGACCAUUGAGGACAAAGACGGUAUGAGUGUCCCGUUGCGAUAG